AUGAACGUCCAGCACGACGCCGCCGUCAGCCGGAUCGCGAGCGAGGUGCGGGCGCUGUUCGCGCAGCGGCAGCCGUUCCGCGUGUUCCACGGGUCGACCAACAGCACGCGGCCCGGGCACGGCGCGCAGACGGUCGACAUCAGCGCGCUGGGCAACGUGCUGUCCAUCGACCAAACCACGCGCACGGCCGUGGUCGAGCCCAACGUGCCCAUGGACCAGCUGGUGCAGGCGACGCUGGCGCGCGGGCUGGUGCCGCCGGUGGUGAUGGAGUUCCCCGGCAUCACGGCCGGCGGCGGGUUCGCGGGCAGCGCGGGCGAGAGCAGCUCGUUCCGGCACGGCUACUUUGACGAGGCCGUGCGCUCCGUCGAGGUCGUGCUGGCCACGGGCGACGUCGUGUGCGCGUCCGCCGACGAGAACGCCGACCUGUUCCGCGGCGCCCGCGGCUCCGCCGGCACCCUCGGCAUCGUCACCAAGCUCGAGCUCGCCCUGGUGCCCGCCCGCCGCUUCGUCCGGCUCGUCUACCGCAGCUACGCGUCUGUUGAUGACACGAUUGCUGCCGUCAAGGCCGCCACCGAGGACCCGGCCAACGACUACGUCGACGGCAUCCUCUUCUCGCCCGACCGCGGGCUUGUCAUGGUCGGCCGAAUGACGGACGACAUGCCAACGAACAAAAACCCGCAGACGUUCAGCCGGCCCCGGGACCCGUGGUUCUACCUGCGCGCCGAGUCCAGGUCGCGAAAGCAUCGGAAACAACAGCUGCAGAAGCAGCAGCCCCCAAAACAAAAUCAAAAGCGCCAGGCCACCGAGCACCAGGCCACCGAGCACCAGACCACCCAGCACCAGACCACCGAGCACCAGGCCACCGAGCACCAGGCCACCGAGCACCAGACCACCAACGACUCGGACACCGAGAUAACCGACCACAUCCCGCUGGCCGAGUACCUGUUCCGGUACGACCGGGGCGGGUUCUGGGCCGGGGCGCAGGGGUUCCGGUACUUCUGGUUCGUGCCCUUCUGCGGGCCUGCGCGCUGGCUGCUCGACGACUUCAUGCACGCGCGCAUGCUGUUCCGCGCGCUGCAAGGGGGCGGCCCGUCCAUGUCGUUCCGCGGCGUCGUGCAGGACGUGGCGCUCCCGUACGCCGCCGCGGCUGAUUUCGUCGAUUACGCCGCCGCCGAGCUCGCCGUCUGGCCGCUGUGGCUGUGUCCGCUGCGCGCGGCGGCACAGCCGACGUUCCAUCCGUCGUGCUGUCCGCAGCCCAUGCUCAACAUCGGGGUGUGGGGCGCGGCGUCGGGGGACCUGGCGACGUUCGUCCGGCAGAACCGCGCGCUCGAGGCAAAACUAACCCGCCUGGGCGGGCGAAAAGUGCUGUAUGCCCACACGUACUACAGCGAGGACGAGUUCUGGGCGCUGUACGACCGGGCGUGGUACGACGGGCUGCGGGCCAAGUACCAGGCGACGACGCUGCCGAGCAUCUACGACAAAGUGCACGUCGACGUGGCGGGGCUAAUGGCCAGACGGGGGCAAGGCGGGCGGCGGUCGGCGGCCUGGGUGCGCCAGCUGGCCGACGUGUGGCCGGUUCCCGGGCUCGCGGGCAUCUUCCGCGCCAUCCGCAGCCGUGACUACAAGAUUCACAGGCGGCCGUUGCUGGCGUACUGGGAAGAGAGGAAUGCCAACGUGCAGCCGACGACACCAGGCCCGGGGAAGGGCACGGAGUGA